AUGAAUCUUGUUUUCGCUGACUGGACAGUUUCUGACUCUGUAAUAUGGAUUACUAAAGGUUCUGGAAUUGGAACAGAAAACAACAACAAGGAGAAGUCAUUCACUACCGAGUCUGUGACUAUUUUGGAUUUCAAUAAUGAAUCGUCAAAUGAAUUGCCUGAGGAUAAAUCUGAAGAAACCCCCGGAGAGUCAUCUGAAGAACCAAUAACUGCUAGCUCAAGCGAACCUAUCACUGAUUCUACCGAAUCCUCCUCUGAAUCUGAAUCUGAAACUCCAACAGAACCUGUUAUCAGCGGUGAAUAUGACGCUGAAGCUGAGACUGCAGCUUGGAGCAUUGAACUUCCUGGAAAUCUUGGACCAUGGGAGUCUGUUGAUGUUACUAUAACAAAGGACGUGGAUGACAGCGGAGAAUUUGAUUUCGUCUCUGCCAUUGCAUAUAUCAAUGGCGAAUUGUAUUCAUCUGCGGAAAUCACUUUAACUACCGACAGUAUUACCCUUUUGAUCUCUGAAGCUAUUGGUGUGGACGACAUACUCAGUAUUGAUUUUGUUGCUGACACUUCCAGUGGAUACCAAUGGACAUCUCUUGCCCAUAUUCUUAUGACUGUUCCAGAUGAGAGAUUGAUGAAGAGAGCUGUUGUCGAAUGGGACUUGUCUUCGACUGUUGUUAAUGAGGCUGCUGUUCCAUCUUCUUCCAAAUCUGAACCUGCCUCCGAGUCUCGCUCUGAAUCUUAG